AUGCAGUGGGUGGGCCUGAGCUCGCCGCCGGCGGCGCCGACGGCGGCGCCGACGGCUGUCUGGAUGCGGCGGCGUCCAAGAACAACGAGAUGGCCGCAGAGGAGCUCGUCCGCCGCACGGAGGGCGGUCGUGGCGGCCGCGUCCUCGUCCCCACCGUCAUCCGAUGCCAACUCGAGCUCCAACUCGCCGGGCAGUGACGAGGAGGCGGAGGAGGCCGCGGGGAAGGCGGAGGGUGACAAGACGGCGGCGGCCUUCUUGUUGAGGAGCCAGAAGUACGCUAUGCUCAAGCAGCAGCUCGCCGUAGCCGCCCAACUCGAGGUACAGCCCGCAGAAUGCGCAAAUUGCUACUUACCAACCAAUGCAAAUCUGUGCUGCUCGGCGACUGUAAGUUGCAAUUUGUUGCAGGAUUACAAGGAGGCGGCGAGGCUGAGGGACUCGUUGAGGUUGUUCGAGGAAGAAGAGCCCGUCCUCCGCCUCCGCCGCUCGCUGAAGAAGGCGGUCGAGGAGGAGAGGUUUGCGGAUGCUGCCAAGUACAGAGAUGAACUGAUGAUUUUGGCUCCGCACUCCCUCCUCAAAUGUUCUAGUGAUGCUACAACUCUGGGGAUAAGGGUUCAAGUCAGGAGUGUCUAUAUUGAAAGCCGGAGCCAACCCUUAAAGGGGAAGUUCUUUUUUGCCUACAGAAUCAGAAUUACAAAUAAUUCUCAGCGUGCUGUACAGCUUCUCAGACGACACUGGAUUGUCACUGAUGCGAAUGGAAGGACAGAGAAUGUUUGGGGUGUUGGUGUAGUGGGAGAGCAACCUGUGAUAUUCCCAAAGACGGGUUUUGAGUACUCAUCCGCAUGCCCACUAAACACUCCAAAUGGGAGAAUGGAAGGUGAUUUUGAGAUGAAGCACAUUGACAAGGUUGGAUCCUCGACAUUCAAUAUCGCUAUCGCACCAUUCUCUCUGUCAAUCCUCGGGGACGACAACGACGCUCCCCUCUGA